AAAUAGCCAGAAUCAGUUCCCUCGUCCCUCAGCAUGGCUGAAUCACUCCUUUUCAGCGUUGCGGAGAGUGUGCUAGGGAAGAUAGCAUCGCCGGCGCUCCGAGAAGCCGUCGCAAUUUACAACGUUGAAGAUCAGAUCCACGAGCUUAGAGAGACCUUGACUGCCAUUAAGGCUGUUCUGUUAGAUGCGGAGGAGCAGAAGGCGAAGAACGACCUCCUGCAAGUGUGGUUAGAUCGGCUUCAAGAGGUGUUUUAUGAUGCGGAGGAUGUGCUCGAUGAACUCGAGUGCGAAGCCUUAAGGAAGCAGGUGAUAAGUCGCUAUGGGGGCGUCAAAGGGAAGGUACGCCGCUUCUUUUCCCCCUCUAAUCCACUAGUACUCCGUGCAAAACUCCGUCAUAACGUCAAGGAGAUUAGGGAGAGAUUAUCCAGAAUUUCCACUGAGAAGGUUCAAUUCGGUCUUAGUGUGCGAAGUGCUGACAAUGGUGGGGUACACACGCACUCGCGAGAGACGACUUACUCGUAUGUAAACAAGUCAGAUGUCGUCGGAAGAGAUAUUGAUAAAGAAAAGAUAAUUGAGAUGUUGAUAAAGCCGGUAGAUGACGAAAGCCUCUCGGUGAUUCCUAUUGUGGGAAUAGGAGGUUUGGGCAAGACGACCCUAGCUAAAUUAGUUUACAAUGACGAUCGUGUGAAAGAGCAAUUUGAGUUGCGGCUAUGGGUACAUGUGCCCAAGGACUUCGAUUUGAAGAAAAUUAUUGAAGGAAUUAUUGAAGAUGCAACUGGCCAGAGUUUAAAUAACCUUGUUACUCAGCAGUUGCAAGCACGUUUGCAAGACACCAUCAAAGACAAGAAAUAUUUACUUGUCUUGGAUGAUGUAUGGAGCAAUGACAGCCGUAGAUGGGAAGAAUUGAGAGAUUUGCUAAGCGUAGGAGCCAAUGGAAGUAAGAUAAUUGUGACAACAUGCAGUUCAGAAGUAGCUUUUAUCAUGGGUACCCAUCCGGCGCAUAAUCUAAAAGGUCUUUCUCAUGGGGACUCUAUGGCCUUAUUUAAAAGAUGGGCAUUUAGUGCAGACGAAAAUCAUCCUCGUCCAGAACUCCUUGAGAUUGGAAAUGACAUUGUUAAAAAAUCACAAGGAGUGCCCCUCCUUGUGAUAAUUUUGGGGAGUCUGCUUCGCACAAAAGACGAAGAAAGGUAUUGGGCAUAUGUAAGAGACAGCGAAACAUGGGAGUUAGCGGAAAUAGAAGGGAACUUUCUGCCGGUACUUAAACUUAGCUAUGAUGAUUUACCAACCCACUUAAAACAAUGUUUUCCCAUCUUAUCACUUUUCCCCAGAGGACAAGAAAUCUGGGCCGACCUUUUAGCUAGGCAAUGGAUUGCUUUAGGACUCAUUAGGUCGACAAGGGAAAAACAAGCAUUGGAAGACGUCGCCAUUGAGUACGUCAAAGACCUGUGGAAUAGAGGUUUGAUCCAAGAAGUUCAGGAGCAAGAAUUGAAGUUAGUAUUUAAAGUGCACGAUCUAGUCCAUUCUCUGGCAACAAGUGUGGCACAAAACUAUUGCGCUACUGUUGAUUUAGAUACUGCAGAGAUUUCAGAAAGAGUUCGGUGCGUUGCGAUCGCUAUUGCUUCGUUGGAGGAAAUUUCAAACUACGAUGGAGUCCCACCUUUUCUGAGAAAGAAGACGUCAAAGAGGCUGCGUGCAAUUAUGUUUCAUUACCAGGUUGAUGAGGGAAUUAAAACUAGAAAAUUUGCCAGAACGUGCAUCUCCAACUGUCACCACUUACGGUUUCUCGAUUUGUCGGAUAGUAGCUUUGAGGAGCUGCCAAGUUCCAUAUGCAACUUGAAGCAAUUGAGAUCGUUACUUCUCAUCAACAACAAGCAGUUGAAGAAGCUUCCACAUACCAUUUGUGAGUUGCAGAGUUUGCUACAGUUGGACGUUGGUGGUUGCUUGGAGCUAGGCGAGUUACCCAAAAAUAUGAAUAGGCUCGUCAGUCUUAGAUUUCUGUAUUUAACAACAAAGCAGAAGAGCCUGCAAGAAAGUGGAAUACAAUAUCUGGAAAGCAUUCAUUCUUUGGGAUUCGAGGCAUGUGAAAAUCUCCAAAUGUUAUUUGAAGGUACUUGCCGAUUGACUCGCCUUCGGGAGUUGGAAAUUAUAAAUUGUGGGAGCCUAUUGUCAGUGCCUUUUGGGGAAUUAAUCUCCCUAGAGGUCUUGCGUAUUCAUAAUUCCCCACUCAUGUCGAUCUCGGAGAAGAAGGGCGGCUUUCCUUCCCGUCUUCGUGCACUGUCAAUAGUAAAUUGCGAACAAGUGGGGGAGCUGCUGCAUAGUCUCGAUGAAUCUACUCGCACUUUGGAAUCGUUUUGCGUCUACGAUUGCCCGAGCUUCACGGCUAUACCCGAGUGGCUGCCCAACCAUACACGUCUCAGGGAAAUUAGCCUGAUCCGAUGUCCCAACUUAUGGUCCAUGCCGCAAGGAAUCCGGUCCCUCCCUGUCCUGAAAGAGUUAUGCAUAGAACAUUGCGGUGAACUGAGCAAGAGAUGCAAGCCACAAACUGGCGAGGAUUGGCACAAAAUCGCUCACAUUCCUCGAAUCCAACUUGAUUUGAUUAUUAUACAAUGGACGGAUGUUUAGAUGAACUCCCAUGAUCUAUUUGUCACGCCGAGUGGAUCUUCACAAAGAUUUGGAUGUGCACUCAGCUAAUCCUUCAUCAAUCUCUUUAGUUGUCGGGGAUGAAAAGAAUGGCCGCUGAUAUUGUAACUUUUACUUUCAUUCCUUGAACAAUUGUUGUUCUAUAUUAUUUGUUUAUGUAUGUAUUGCAAAUUUCUCUAUGGAGAAAAUGCCUGAUUCGUAUUGUAUGAGACCAACUAAAGCAUUAUCUAUGAUUGAAUAUUCUUAGAA